AUGAACCGUGCAUCUUCUUCCACCGAUGCUGUACAACCAGACCGCAGAACAAAAUCUUCACACUUUUCAGGCCUCUCUUCACCAUUGAUACAGCAAGGUGGCACUAUCUCACCUUAUCGGCCUAGAGAUAGCUCAAACGUGGUCUCGGGAAGUGUGAUCUCAUCAGCAACAACGCAUCUACAUCCCGGUAGUAUAUUUGGAUCAAGUGUAGCUUUGAGUCAACAUGAAUCGCGGGAACCCACAGAUAAUUGGCAGACACUACAAGAGCUAGUAGGAGAUGAAGAACGAGCAGAGCAGGAAGGAGAAGAUCAAACUACUGGGACUUCGAUAAUACCUACAUCUCACCAUUCAUUAGCUCCGACACCCAGGAAACUAGGAUCCCUCUUUCAGCCUCCGACACCCACAAGUCCUCCUGUAAACGUCGGGAACGGUGGAACCCCAGACAAUGAUCUUCCCACUAUAUCCGAUACCUUGACUGGAUCCCCUCCCCAGCUCAACGGAGAGCUGCAUUAUAGUCCUUUUUUUGAUCCAGAGGAAGGGGAUGAGACACAGCCAAUGCUCCAUUCAGCACCGUCUGCACUCGACGGAUAUGGCGCUACCCACGCUAACAUUACAGACCGGGGAUUUAAGUCGUCUAAUGAAGUAGAGGAGAGGGCUGUACUUCAGAAGCCUGUAAAAGCCCAAUCCUCUUCCAGAAAUCAAGUCACCUGGAAGAAAUUAUGGCCUCCCUCUCCUGUAGCUAUAGCUAUACUCAAAUGCUCCUUGGCAUAUCUGGUUGCAUCACUCUUCACAUAUGUUCCGUUUCUAGCCGAACUAUUGUCGACUCAAUCCGAAACAGAUGCCCAUGGAAGAGUGACAUAUAGGCCGGCCAAUUCAGCUCAUAUGGUAGCUACAAUCGUUGUAUACUAUAACCCCGCUAAGACGAUAGGCAAUAUGCUUUUAUCCACCCGGUACUGUUUUAUUCUAGCUGUUUUCGCCUCUUUCGUAUCACUGGCAGCAAUGGGUACAAUCGAGCUCUUCGACCAUUUCUCACCAUCCCAUGGUGAUUCUUGGGACUGGAUAAGCGAGAUGGGUGAUUGGGUCGUGUGUAUCCUAUGGAUUGGUGGUUCGAUGAGCGCCUUGGCUUGGUCGAAAGUCUGGGUAGGCAAUCCCAGUUACAACACCGGGUGCUCGAUGGCUGCAAUAAUCAUUUACAGCGUAGUCAUCAAGGAAGGCGCCUUGCCUAGACUACUGGAGGCUCUAUAUAUCGUAGCAGUAGGUGUGGCCAUAUCUACCGUUAUUUGCUUCGCUAUAUUUCCUUCAUCAGCAACGUCCAAAUUUCAAAUUUCUUUCUCAAGAUCGCUCAGCUCUUUCUCUACGUUACUGGAUCUUCUCACCUCUACAUUCUUACUCGAGAAAACAGUAAUCAAGGAGAAUCGAAUCAGUCUAAAAGAUGCUAUCAAGUCUCACUCGACAGGAUUUAAAGCACUCAAAGCCACUUUGGCAGAAUCAAAGCAUGAACGUGUAUUGGAUGCUCGUAUACGCGGAAGGAAACUUCAUUUAUACGAUGCGGCGAUUGCCAGUCUUGCUCGACUUGCUCAGCAUCUUUCAAGUCUAAGAGGAAGCACACGAUUACAGGAGAGCUUGAUCAGAGCGGUGAAGGAAGGCAAAGUGAAUUUGGAGAAUCUCGGUGGACAUGACAAGAAGACGAAAAUGUCAAUGUCUAUCGUCGAUAAGAUGGACGACAGACCUGGACCUGAGAUGAGGGAUACAGACAUUGAAAAUAGUGUCAAAUUAUUCAUGAAGUUUAGAGGAAUGGCAGGCAAACAAAUGGACGAUCUAAACAAUCGAUGUGAUGAAGCUUUAGAAGCUGUUCAGGCUUUGUCUCAAGAUGACUCGCAUCAACCAUCAGUCAAUCUCGUCUCAAUCCGAGAGAAUCUAGCAAAAUCUCUAAAAGACUUUUCGACUAGCAGUAGUAGAGCCAUCAAGAGGGUUUACGCCGGACCUCAGAGGAAAAGAGGGAUUUACGAGAGUGAUCCCGACUCCGAUAGCAGCAGUAUCAGUGAGACGUCCUCUUCAGAAGAAGAUGGAGAUCUGGACAAAGGAAAUGUCAUUGGUGGACCUAAUGAAACCGUAUUCUUAGUGUACUUUUUUCUAUUUACGUUUGAGGAGUUCGCUAGGGAAAUGCUGUUCCUGUUGGAGACAAUGCAAGAGGUUGUAGACACUCAGAAUAUAUCAGCUUGGGGACACAUGAAGUCGGUUCUUUUGGAGAAAAGGAGCAGGAAGGAGAAGAAGAGUCAAUAUCUGUACAAACAAUUACAAAAUCUAGUUCCUAUCGAUCCAUCAAAACUCCAACCUCUACCUUUCCCGAAAAAUCGCAGCGAUGCAGCUGGUCCGGUCCUUCUGCCCGACAAACGCUCGUUAAACACUUGGGGCCGCACAAAGCAGGCAUUUUGGAGAUUUGGUGAAAGAUUGCGAGAACCAGAUAUGAGGUAUGCUAUCAAAACGGGAUUAGGUGGAGCAAUAUUGGCUGCUCCUGCUUAUACUGAAGCUGGGCGACCUUUCUUCCUUCAAUACAGGGGCGAAUGGGCCUUGAUAGCUUAUCUGGCAGCCAUGAGUCAAACUGUUGGACAAACAAACUGGCUAUCUCUGGCAAGAGUCGUUGGAACAAUAUUCGGAGCAACGGUAGCAAUAAUAUUCAUCCAUAUCGCAAAGAACAACAAUAUCGUACUACCUAUUCUGGGUUUCUUCUUCUCGAUUCCUUGCUUUUACGUCAUUACGCAGUUGCCAGAUUACACAAAUGCUGGAAGAUUCGUCCUCCUAACAUAUAAUUUGUCUUGCUUGUAUACGUACAACGUACGUGAUAGGUACAAUAUUACCGUUGAGCAAAUUGCUAUUCAGAGAUCAGCGGCCGUCAUCAUAGGUGUGCUUUGGGCUGCUGCAGUAUCAAGAUGGUGGUGGCCUUUCACUGCUAGAAGGGAGCUUCGAUUUGGACUUAGCGAUUUCUGUUUGGAUCUGUCGUAUCUCUACUCAAAAUCAGUCAUGACCUACAGUAAAGGUGCGAGCCAUGAUCAGGAAACACGAAUUGCAGAUCAUGAAGAUGGAGAGACGAGCCCUUUGAUGGGGAACGAGAUUGCUUAUCCCCAUUUGAGUUCUAGCGUGAGGCAAUUCAUGGCUAUGGAAAUGCAUCUUCAAAGUCAAUUACUCACGAUGAGAGCUUUGCUGGCUCAAACGAAGAAUGAACCUAGAUUGAAAGGUCCCUUUGCAUUCUCAUUCUACAAUGAAGUCUUAUUAAGCUGUGAGAGAAUGCUGGAUAGAUUGCAUAGUAUGAGAUGUGUCACUACAAGGGAUGAGUGGGAUCACGCCAUGAGAAAGGAAUUUGUCGUUCCUGUGAAUAAGGAGAGAAGGGAAAUGGCAGGACAUGUUAUCCUCUAUUUCUACACCCUCUCAGCGGGAUUUCGUACAAGAACACCUUUACCACCGUAUCUACCUCCAGCUGAAGAAGCUAGACAAAAGCUCAUUGACGCUAUAAGGAGCUUAGAUGUCGUCAAGAAAAGAAGUGUAAGAGGUGGUGGAAGACACCUGCUGUUUUUCGCCUAUGCCACUUCUAUGCAGGAAGUGAUCGCAGAACUGGGGUAUCUAGGGGAAAUGAUGCAAGAAGCCUAUGGAGUAAUAUCUCAAAGUACCUCAAAUGACUUUGAAGCUUUAUUUGAAGAUUCGCAACCCAUAUUAGAUAAUCAUGAUGAUGUGAUAGAGCUCGAUGGAGGUGGUGGUGAUCAUGUUAAAGGGAAAGGCAAGUACGAUCUCGAAUAA